AUGAGGCCCGCCGCCCGGAGGCUAAAAAUAAGGAUUGAUGUGGUGAAUCUGGUGAAGCGGCUUCCUAUGGUAUCUACGCUGAAUACGCUGAAUACCAUGCCGAAUGCCACCCCCAAUAUCGACCCUAAUAUCACCCAUAAUAUUGGCCCUAAUAUCAACCCGAAUAUCACCCCCCUGAAUGCUACACCGAAUGCCACGCCUAAUGAAAUCUCUAUCUCACAGCUGGUCAUAUUCUAUUCAAUUUAUAUGGAUAACUACUUUACAUCAGUUCCUUUAUUCAAAGAACUACAUCAACAGAGGUAUGAAGCAUGUGGAACCACUCAUCCAAACCAGGUUCCAGCAGUACUAGAUGAUUAUAAUCAUCAUAUGAAUGGGGUAGACCUAGCAAAUCAAUACCAGGCAGCAUAUACUAGUCAUAGAGUCACCUAUCACACCUGGCUUCCUAUUCUCUACUGGCUUAUUGAUUCCGCAGCUAUUAAUGCAUACCGGCUUCAAUAUUUAUAUAUAAAGCAGCAGGGGAUUCCACCAUGUUCUGCUAGGCCAAAUAUCUUAUAUCCUCAAGGAAUUGGUUUAUUACGCAUCUUCCUCCGGGCGGCGGGCCUCAUGAGGAAGAAUAAGGUAAACAGGGUUGGAUUCCACGUUCGCAUGUUUGGGGGGUUCCAUAUUCGCGGAAGCCUCCCGAAGGGCAUGGAGACGUGCUACGCUGGAGAGAUUUCUAUGUACACAGAGAGAGAAAACAGAAUCCAGGUGGCAACUCUUGAGAAGACUCAGCUCAUUGCAAAGGAUUUUUCUGAGCUGCGCAUCCACUUCUGGCCCGACGAGAGAGCACCGAAGAAGGUGUGA